AGAGGAGGGCCGGGCGGAAGUCACCGGAGGCUGCAUUUGGCUGUUGCACUCCUGCGGCCGGAGGCGGAAAGUACUGACUUCCGGCUAGUGCCUCGAGUAGGAGUGAGCUGAUGGCGGAGGCUGACGCCUUAGAGGUGGUUUUGCAGAAGCCGUAGACCGACCCCCAGACCAGCCGAGCGUCCGCUCCGUGGGGGCAGCUGUCCCUCAGUGAAUAAAUAGGACCAUGAUAUUGACAAAAUUAAGGAAAUUUAUAGUGAAUCAACAGAAAGCAUCCAGUUGGCAUAUUAAUCACGUGUGUUCCCAUAGAACAAGAGUGAUUUUAAAGGGAUUCAUAUCUCAAGCUUCUCUCAGAAGAAAUUAUAGUUCCUUACCAGUAGAAAAUGAUAUCAAAUCUCUGCGCUCCAUCAUCAAUCCUCCUAUGGCUAAAAUUCGUAACAUUGGAAUUAUGGCUCAUAUUGAUGCAGGCAAAACCACAACCACAGAGAGAAUAUUGUAUUAUUCUGGAUAUACAGGAUCUUUGGGAGAUGUUGAUGAUGGGGACACAGUGACGGAUUUCAUGGCCCAAGAGCGAGAAAGAGGCAUUACCAUUCAAUCAGCUGCUGUUACAUUUGAUUGGAAGGGGUGUAGAGUUAAUCUAAUUGAUACGCCAGGUCACGUGGACUUCACUUUAGAAGUUGAACGCUGUCUAAGAGUAUUGGAUGGUGCAGUAGCUGUAUUUGAUGCUUCAGCAGGUGUAGAGGCACAGACUCUGACAGUAUGGAGACAAGCUGAUAAACACCACGUGCCUCGAAUCUGUUUUUUAAAUAAGAUGGACAAAACUGGAGCAAGUUUUAACUAUGCUAUUGAAAGCAUAAGAAAGAAGCUGAAGACAAAACCUUUGCUUUUACAGUUGCCAAUUGGUGAAGCAAAAGCUUUCAAAGGAUUAGUUGAUGUUGUGACUAUGGAAAAAGUUAUUUGGACCCCUGUAUCUAAUUCUGAUGACGGAAAACAGUUUGUGAGAGAGCCCCUUACAGAACUGAAUGAUCCUGAAUUGCUGUUGGAGGCCAAGGAAGCAAGAAAUGCCUUAAUUGAACAAGUUGCAGAUCUGGAUGAUGAGUUUGCUGACCUAGUUUUAGGAGAGUUUAUUGAAAAUUUUGAUUUGUUACCAGCUGAAAAGUUACACCCUGCAAUACGUAGAGUAACUAUGGCUCAGAGAGCUGUCCCUGUGCUCUGUGGAAGUGCCCUGAAGAAUAAAGGGGUCCAGCCUUUGUUAGACGCCAUUACCAUGUACCUGCCUUCUCCUGAUGAGCGCAACAAUGAAUUUCUGCAGUGGUAUAAAGAUGACUUGUGUGCCUUGGCAUUUAAAGUUCUCCAUGACAAACAGCGUGGGCCUCUCGUUUUCAUGCGCAUUUAUUCUGGUACAAUGAAACCCCAGUCAGCCGUCCAUAACAUUAAUGGAAAUUGCACAGAGAGAAUAAGCCGGUUACUAUUGCCUUUUGCUGACCAACAUAUCGAAAUUCCUUCUUUGACAGCAGGCAAUAUUGCCCUAGCUGUAGGACUUAAACAGACUUCCACUGGGGAUACCAUUGUUUCGUCCAAGGCCUCAGCAUUGGCUGCAGCCCGUCGAGCUGGAAGGAAUGAAGGAAAGAUACACAGAAAAAACAUGGAAACAGGGAGCCUUUUAUUAGCAGGGGUAGAGAUUCCAGAACCUGUCUUCUUUUGUACCAUAGAGCCCCCUUCAGUAGCCAAACAGCCAGAACUGGAUCGAGCAUUGAACUGCCUUCAGCGUGAAGAUCCCAGUUUAAAAGUGCGGUUAGAUCCUGACUCUGGACAAACUGUUCUCUGUGGUAUGGGGGAGCUGCACAUUGAGAUCAUUAAUGACCGCAUCAAAAGGGAAUAUGGAGUUGAGACCUUUCUUGGUCCUCUACAAAUAGCAUAUAGAGAAACCAUCCUAAACUCAGGCCAUGCCACAGAUACGUUGGAUAGAACUUUAGGAGAGAAAAGACAUUUAGUGACUGUGGAACUGGAAGUGAGACCAUGUGCAAGAGAAAAAUCUGAAGUAGUUCCUGUUAUUGAGUAUGCUGAAAAUAUCAGGGAGGAGCUUCUGCAAGAGUUUCAAGAGGCCAUUGAAAAUGGAAUUCGUAGUGCAUACCUGCAAGGACCAUUGCUUGGAUUCCCAAUUCAGGAUGUUGCAGUUACUCUGUGUUCAUUGACACUUCACCCUGGCACCUCUACAACAAUGGUUUCGGCCUGUGUCUCCCGUUGUGUGCAAAAGGGCCACCAUAUUGGUGUCAUAACUGUGGAUACCAUAGGCUUUCAUCCUUCAGCAUCUCAGAUCUUCCAAAGUCAUGGGCUCCACCAGCCUCAGGCUCCUCAUCAGCAGGGACUGUAAGUGUGCACCACCAAGCCCAGUGGACUUUUGUUUUAUUUUCUUUAGCUUUUGGCCCCCUUUUGCUUAUCAGAGAAAGACUUAGAUGACUUGGUAUUGAUAAGGAACCUGUAGGGAGGCUGUAUUUAAGACCAUUUCUGUUUGCAAACCAAACCUGUGCUGAAGCCUGGAUCUGUUAGCUUUGACUGUAAAUCUCUGGAUAAAGUUGUGUUCUUUGUUCUGCCAGUAGCUUCCCUCUGCAAUUAGCUUGUCAGCUCAUUUCAUUUGAAGAUAAA